AUGGACGUAGCUUUCGAGCUAGCUUGUGAAGCCCUUAGAUGCAAUGAGGUGCCAGUUGGAUGUGCGUUUGUUUACAAAGGAAAAGUAAUUGUGAAUGCAACGAGAGAUGCCACUCAGCAUGCCGAGAUGGUAACAAUAAAGCGUUUAGAACAGUGGUGCAAAGAGAAUAAAAAGGAGUUUAGCCAAGUAUUGGCUGAUUGCAAGCUGUAUGUUACAGUAGAACCAUGUAUAAUGUGCGCCUCUGCACUGUAA